UAUACACUGGGGACAUUCGAUAGGGGGGCGAUAGCGCGUUGCCCAAACAAAUCGCUCACAUGUCGCACUAAACACAUACUUUAAAGUUAACGGCACUUGGAAUUUAGGACGUCACAUUUAAUCUCACCUUGGAGUCGUCAUCAAACAGCCAAUGGGGAUAUUUGUUGACGCAGUGAGCGACCAACGAGGGCAGUCGUGAAGGAGUUCCACUAUUGCCUAUUGCCACCAGCAAGGGUAUAUAAACUGCCGAUGGAGUCUGAAGUAGGUUUGAAGCAAGUCAAUAACAGCCGAAACAUACUGAACACAGACUCCAAGAGCAGCGAGACAGAAGAGCCGUUACGUUUGCUAUAGGCUUUCAUUUUUAUUUGAAAAACUUUUUGCCGUGUGUUAUGCAAGUUCCCUAAAUUCAGCUAUUGAUUAUUUUAUAUAUUUAUAACUGUUUUCUUCUAAAUCACAUCUGACAUCCUGUGUUGAUGUUAACAGAGCUGGCAUAGAGGUGCUAGGCUAUACCUUGCAAAAAAAGGUAUAUUCAGAAAUUAAAGGAAUCUGCCGAACACAGUAGAAAUGCCUUACGAUCUAGGUGUGUUUGACAGCCGGGCCGAUUAUAAAUCAGAGAAACAGUGCCAAAGAACCUCCUUUGCCUUCUACCAAGCAGUGCGGGACCUGUUACCAGUAUGGGUGCUCGAGGACAUGCGGACUAUGGAAGUGUUUCAUUGGGAAGAAGAAGGGCGAGCAUGCUCUUUUACUCCACCCGAGGCUUUUCUGUAUGCACUUGUUCACGACCAUCAACAAUACGCCAAAUUCCUCCUCAACAGAUACUCUAUUGGUGCAUUGGAGAUGCCCAGUGAAAGCUUCUGCUGCUGCCAAGCAUCAGCAACACCGCAUCUCACAGUAGCAGUUCGCUAUAAUCGUAUUACUAUCCUGAAAAUGAUCAUGGACUCCCUAAAAGACUUCUCUGAUAGUGAGCGCCAGAGCUACUUGAACACCCGUGGAUGUUUUCACAUGCAAGGAGGCAAAGACGCAUUGCAUCUGGCGUGCGAACUGGUGCGCCCUGAGUGUUUGAUUAUGUUACUAGGACACGGUGCAUGUCCUUAUGUCACAGACCGAGAUGGGAACACCCCCUUGGACUGCCUCCUAAAUCAGAUACGUCAGGGCGUGCCUGACAUGCGUAGCAAGCACGUCUGCCUUGGUUACCUCAUUCUCUUCAUGCCAAAAUUCAAUUUUCAAAUGAAGGGACAGUUGCAGAAGAAUCCAGGGCUGUGGCAGAGUCUUAUUGGAGAGCAGGCGUUCCAGUGGCUCUUAGAACUAUCUCCUCCCUCUCUCUUUGUUCAGGCUAUGCAUACGAUGACCCAGUCUAAACCUGUUAAACAGUUGGAUUCUCUGCCAGACUUUCUGAAACCACUGGACUUCAGGCUACACCAGUAUACCAGAUGAAACUACUCGACAGGUUUAUUUUUGGCUAUGGUGUGAACGAUUUAAUAGUGUGAAUAAAAUGCAGUUUGCAGCUUUGUAAAUAGGAACAACAACUCAAAGGGUUAUUUCAUUUUGAUGUUUAAAAACAAUGCACUAUAGAAUACACGUCUGGACUUGAAUAAUGUUGCAAUGUAAAUAUGAGUUGUGUACACGAGAGAACCUGUCGCAGUUUUCUUUCAACCAGAAUAUACUUGGCCAUUAUCUGGCGGUUGUGGAGUGAAGCAGGGCAGAGAACGUUAUUACUAUAGUAACUACACAGGCAACUGAGAAGUGUUGUGUUACAGACCUACAGAAACAAUAGACUAGGUCCAAAACUAUGAACGUUUCACAGCAUGGUAUCAUCACCCAUAACAUGGCACAAUGGUUUGAAUGUGCGUUUUGCACACAUUCAUGGUUGUUUUCUCUGCUGAUGAUUGCAUGGCUCAUGGUCAGAAGGAAAACAUUCUCAGCUCCAGUCCUGUCCUAGGCCCCCACAAUUUUGUUCCAGAUCAGCACUGUGUUAGUGAUGGGCUAGAGUAAAAAUGUGCAGUUCUAUGGAGUUGAGAAACACUGCUAUAUCUAUGGUGGUCAUACAGCACCAUCAGCCAGAGUCUCUGUAAACACCUUUAUUAAGGAAGUUCAUUCAUACUGAGGAGGCAUGGAUUCAUACAACAGGAUUCAGUGGACUUGCAGUGCUGUGUAUCCCAUAUAGACACACACAGAGGGGAUACUUCAACUCGAUCUUUGGGUUUUUCUGUCUAGUGUAAAACAUCUGUCAUUAAAUCUGAUUUUACAUCUCAAA